AUGGUGCGCCUUCGCGAGGUACCACGGACGGCUACUUUUGCCUGGUCGCCGGGAUCGGGAAGUCCUCGUCUCGUCACGGGCACCCGGGCCGGUGCUGUAGAUGCGGACUUUUCCGAUGAGAGCAAGCUGGAGCUGUGGGAUCUGGCCCUCGACGAUACACAGCAAGGGAUUGAGCUGCAGCCUCUGGCAAGCAUCACGACCGAAUCCAAGUUCUUCGAAAUUGCUUGGAGCCCCCCCAGCGCGGACCACCCCAAGGGCAUCAUCGCUGGUGCUCUAGAGAACGGUUCUCUCGAUCUAUGGGAUGCUGCGAAGCUCGAGGCGGGAGCAUCCGAUGCCCUAUUUUCCCAGACGACAAAGCACACAGGCGCAAUCAAGACGCUGCAGUUCAACCCUCUGAAACCCCAGAUCCUAGCCACGGCUGGCGCAAAGGGCGAGCUUUUUAUCUACGACGUCAACGACAUCUCCAAUCCUUUCCGCUUGGGAAACGCCGCGGCUCGUUCCGACGACAUUGACUGCUUGGCGUGGAACCGCAAGGUAUCGCACAUCCUGGCGACGGGAGGUCAAGGGGGUUUUGUCACCAUCUGGGAUCUCAAGACCAAGAAAGCAACCUUGACUCUGAACAACAGCCGGAAAUCUGUCAGCGCCAUCGCUUGGGAUCCGAACAACUCGACGAAGCUCCUAACUGCUACGCCGGACGAUGCUGCACCUGUCAUCUUACUGUGGGACCUGCGCAACUCCAAUGCGCCAGAGAGGUCGCUCCAGGGUCACGAGCAAGGCAUUCUCUCGCUCUCGUGGUGUCACCAAGACAGCGACCUCUUGCUGUCGUGCGGUAAAGACAACCGCACAUUGGUGUGGAACCCUCAGACAGGAGAGCGAUACGGAGAGCUGCCCGAGAUGACCAACUGGACCUUCCAGACUCGAUUCAACCCUCAUAAUCCCAAUCUGUCGGCCACUGCCAGCUUCGACGGCAAAAUCACGAUCCAAACGUUGCAAAACGCCAAUCCCGACACGUCUCAAGUCGCAGCAGACAAGCACCUGGACGGGGAAGAAUUCUUUCGGGCGGCCCAGACGCAGCCUCAAGGCGCUUCAUGGUCAUUGAGCAAAGCUCCCAGAUGGCUCGAGCGCCCCAUCGGCGCGAACUUUGGAUUCGGAGGCAAGAUCGUCGUCUUCAAGGCGGACCCUACUCAGCCCGGACAGAAGAGAUCUUCUCAGAUCACCAUCUCCAGGUUCUCCGCAGACUCGAGCGUGUCCUCCGCCACGGACAAGUUCCAGGAGGUUCUUGCCUCGGGCGAUCUUGCCGCAAUCUGCGAGGAGAGGAUGCAGCAAGCCAAGACGGACGAGGAGAAGGCUGACUGGAAAGUCAUGGAGACGCUCAUCGGAGACAACCCUCGCGGCAAGAUCGUCCAGUAUCUUGGCUUCAAGGAAGACGACAUCGUCGCCAGUGUCACCAAGGAACCGGAGAGCAGCGAGGAGAAGGCCAAGCCGACCGAAGACGCCCCGCCAAAGAGCAGCGGAGUGACUGACCUGUUUGACGGUGGAGAUGCCGAGGGAGAAGGCGAAGACUUCCUUUCCAACGUUGCGGCAGCCAAGGGGACAAAGACGAACAAUCCGUUCCACCUGUUCAGCGACAGCGACACCCAUGUCGAAAAGCAAAUCACAAAAGCCGUGAUGCUGGGUAACUUUGCAAAGGCGACCGAUAUCUGUCUGUCCGAGGAGCGUAUCGCGGAUGCUUUCCUGAUUGCCAACUGCGGUGGUCAGGAGCUCGUCGACAAGGUCCAGGCGGCCUACCUCGCGAAGAAGAAUGGCAUGCCGAGCUACCUGCGACUCAUCGGCUCCGUGAUUGGCAAGAACCUGUGGGAUGUCGUGUACAACGCCAACUUGGAACACUGGAAAGAGACGAUGGCGAUCCUCUGCACAUUUUCCGAACCGUCCGAGUUUCCGGAUCUCUGCGAGGCUCUGGGAGAUCGCAUCAGCGAGGAAGGCGAUAGAACGGACGCUUCCUUCUGCUACCUUGUCGGCCUGAGGCUCGAGAAGGUUGUCGAAAUUUGGAUCGCCAAACUCAAGGAAGAGGAGCGAGCUGGCAUGAAAGAUACUUCGUCGGCCGAGUCGACCUUUUCCGUACAUGCCAGGUCGCUGCAGAACUUUAUCGAGAAGGUGACCAUCUUCCGCCAUGUCACCAAGUUCGAGGACGCCGAACGGACCAAGUCCUCGGAUUGGAAGCUGAGCACGCUGUACGACAAGUACACCGAGUAUGCUGAUAUCCUGGCGGGACACGGUCAGCUGGAGGUGGCUCAGAAGUAUCUCGACCUGCUGCCGACCGAGUACGCCGCCGCCGAGGUUGCUCGAAGUCGCGUUCAGAUGGCUACGAAGAAGCCGGCCGCUCAGGCUUCAGCUCGACGACAGGGAGCACCGACGAGCGUCACUCCAUCCCGCUUGGGGGUGGCGGCGGCUCCGGCCUAUGGUUUCCAAGCCCCCCAGCCUGCCUCGAUGAUUCCCCAGGCCAAUCCCUUUGGCGGGAUGGGCCAGAGGCAGAGCCCUCUGCCGCAGCAGCCGGCGCAGCAGCAGCAACCUCAGCUGUAUUUGCCACCGCAGAACCCAUAUCAACCUCAAGCAGGCUACCAAGCGCAGAACCAAGCAAGUUUCGGUGCUGGACUUCCUCCGCCCCCGAUGGGAGGCACCCCCUCGAGGAACACAACUCCGUCUCAGCCUCCGCCCUCUCAAUCGAAGCUCACGGAGAACUGGAAUGACGUCCCCUUGGUGACCAAGGCGGUGCCUCGGAGGCCGACACCCCUUGCCGCUCCCAUCACCUCCCCUUUCCCCAACCAGCCAGGUCUAGCUGGGCCGCCUUCGGCCACUGCCCAGUACGGACAGCGUGCGAGCCCACCUGCGCCGCCUCCGAAGGGCCCGGCUCCACCCCGUGGGCAGUCGCCGCUGGUUGGCGGCUUCCAGGGACCGCCGCGGCCUCCGUCGACAUCGGCAAACCAGUACGGGCCGCCUCCUCCGACGCCAGGCAGCCUGGCAGCCACCGGCACGUCUCAAAUCGCUCCGCGAACGGCUUCACCUUACGCCGCCGCGCCCACCGCUCCCCAGCCGUCCAACAAGUAUGCGCCGGCACCGGCAGCUCAAGACCUGACUGGCCCGCCGCCGCCGGGUGGUUCCAUGCCACCGCCGCCUGGCGCGGCAAGCCGACCGCCUCCCGCGGGCCAGUACGGGGCACCGCCCCCGCAGCUGGCUCCCCAAGGCCACAACCCCUACGCGCCGUCAUCGUUCGGGGUACCGCAGAGCCAGCCGUCGGCGCCUCCUCAGGGCGGACCGCCUCCUCAGGGCCCACCUCCAACGGUUGCGAACCCGGCACCGCAGGUGGCUGCACCGCCGGCCAAGGCCAAGCAUCCCGCGGGAGACCGAUCGCACAUUCCUGCCAACGCACGACGAUUGGUUGAUCUUCUCAGCCAAGACAUGCAGCGUGUCGCGUCCAAGGCGCCCGCGACAUUUGCUCCUCAGGUGAAUGACACGCAGAAGCGGUUGAACCUCCUAUUCGACCACCUGAACAACGAGGAGCUUGUUCAGGCGGGCACGAUUGAUAGCUUGUCGAAGCUGGCAGAAGCAAUCCACUCGAAGGAUUAUGCAACGGCCCAGAAAUUUCAGGUAGAGAUCCAGCGAGACAAGACGGAUGAGUGCGGCAACUGGAUGGUCGGCGUGAAGCGACUGAUUGCCAUGAGCAAGGCGACUUCUUGA